AUGUCUGCCGAUAAUCGUGGCGCUUUUGUUGUCAUUGAAGGCCUUGAUCGAUGCGGGAAAUCUACGCAGUGCAAAAUAUUGGCUGAUCGCUUGACGAAUGCCGGUCGAUCCGUAGAAUUGAUGCGAUUUCCCGAUCGAGAGACAGUCAUUGGGAAGAUGAUUCACUCGUAUCUCAAUCAAGAAUCAGAUUUGGAUGAUCACGCUAUUCAUCUUCUGUUUGCAGCCAACCGGUGGGAGAAAAGGCACCUACAAUCUGGGACUACCCUCAUUUGUGACCGUUACGCGUUCUCGGGCGUUGCUUUCACAUCUGCCAAAUUUCAGCUGCGGACACCUCCUCAACCCGAGUCAUUCACCUCCCUCUCAAGUCCCGAUCGCGGCUUACCCUUGCCCGACUUGGUGAUUUUUCUGACAAUGCCAAUGGAAGCAACGGUCACCCGGGGUGGCUUUGGACAGGAGCGUUACGAAAAAGAAGAUUUACAGGCCGAAGUCAAACGUCAAUUCGAGCAAGUUGUGGAGCCAGCCUUCACGCGUCUACAUGGCCAAGGAAGGUGGGUGGAAAUCAAUGCAAGUGGAUCAAUUGACGAGGUGACAUGUAGGAUUUCCAAGACUGUAGAUCGCCUGCUUGGCUCCAAGCUAGACCCGGCGGUGGGUAAACUAUGGGCCGAGUGAGGGGAUGUGGCCGUCCUUGAUCACAUGAAUUACACCAAACCACCCAGAACUGCUCAUCAGAAUACCGCGGCUCAUUCGUCAUUUUUUCACAAUAUGUGCAUCUUGGUACAUUCACCACACAUUUUUGACUCUAAUAAUCUGGAGAGCCGCCUAAGACCAAAAACCUCUACAAAAUAUGCUGAAGAAACUCGUUGCGGAUUCUGCAAAUUACGGGUUCUGUAUUGAUCAGGCCUGAUUUCUCUCUAGAAUUCAUGUGACGCUCUCAAGGAAUUUUCUGAGAGAUCAUGAUUAAAUGAGUGUUCACCUUGCAAGUAGCUUUUGGGUGUUUUUGUAUCUAUUGAUGACAUAGUAACGAAGGCCAUAUAGCUCUGUAUGU